UCUUGCGAGUCACUCAGUGUUGGUGAUUGUGUUCAGAUACUGUAUUUCUGCAUCAGCCUUAUUUCUGGUUGUUUAUUCUGUUGUGAGUGAACGCAGCUCAUGAUGGUUCUGAUCAUCCUCUCUGCGGUCCUGAUGUUGGCCUUUCAAUGCGCCGUCUCUGAUGUCGUAGAUAAUUUUGGUAAAUGCACGAAGUAUUUCAUGGCGGGUCAGCCUCCACAGAUUGAAGGCAUUCUAGUAGAUUCAAAGUCAGCAGAUCAAAAUCGCUACAAGAUCAUCUGUCAGGGUGCUAAAAAAGUGUACACCUUCGCAACGCUUUAUGACACAACAUCCAGAAUCCCAGUGUUCUCAGCCUACAAAUACAGUGGAAAAGGAAAGUUCAGCCGGCCAAACACGUCAAACUGGAAGAUUGAGCCUCAGCUUCAACAAAACGAGCAGGCCACUAACAAGGACUACAAGAAUAACAAUCUGAAUGUGAACCGCGGCCAUUUAUUUCCCAGUUGUCAUGCAAAAGAUUUUACCACAGCCAAAUCUACAUUCAUACUCACCAACGCUGUGCCACAGAAAAUGCAUUUUAACAACGGCAGCUGGGCUCGUAUGGAACAGUGUACAAAGCAUCUGAUGGAUAAACACUGUCUCAACAUGAGUAAUAAAGUGUCGGCGUAUGUGCUGACGGGUGCCGUACCUGGAAACAAUAAGUUAAAUAACAGAGUGAAUAUUCCCUCGAUGAUGUGGAUGGCGUUCUGCUGCUGCGACAGUAACACAAACUCCUGUUUCUCCAAAGCACACUGGGCCCCAAAUGAAGAUGAUGAAAACAAAAACAAAACAAUUCAGAUGAAGAGUCUGAAGGAGUUACAGGAUCACCUGAAGAACAUUUGGGUAAAAGAACUGAAGCUCUUUAAUGACAAAUGUCUUACAGAUAAAUCUGUGAAAACAAAUCUGCCUCCUAAGUGUAAAGUGUAGAAAUCAUUCCUGUCUUCAUUCUGGUCUUCAGUCAGUUCUUCAUUUCUCAUCAUGUGGUGAAGUCAUGUGACAUCAGCAGGUCCACACUGAAUCUGUGCACACAGAAAUCUGCAGAAAUAAGAAAGAUCUGUCAUUCAUGAAGUUCUAACUUCUGCCCUUUAAUUGUUUGUUUAUUCAAUAUUUUAGCUCAUUAAAAAUGCACAGAUUCUUUGGCCUGAUCAUCAUGAUGUUUCAUCACUUUCUUGCUUUAACGCUGCUUUCUCUAGUAAAGAGGCACAUAAGAGGAAAUCAUGUUAUUAUCGCUCUCGUAUCUGCUAAACAAUCUCUGAAGUUUGUUUUUUUCAAAAGAUUUGGUCUCUUUGUAUUGUAGCUUUGAAACUUGCAAUAAAUGUAUCAAAGA